CCUUUUGUAUGUAUACUCCCGCGCGAUGUGCCGGGUCUGGUCUGGUCUCGGUGGACCCGAGAUGGUCCGCGUAGAGCUACAGUAGUUCGGUGGCUGCCGCCGCACGGGAAUUGAACUGGACGGUCGCGGCGGCCGCGCUCUUCUUCUCCUUUUCUUCUUCUCUUUCCUCGACUCCUCUCGCAUCACGAGAAACGUCCAGGUGCGCGGAUCCAGGCACCGAGUAGCGGCUCUCCUCCGACCAGAUUCUCUUCCUCUCAUUGAUCUCCCGCGAUCGCGCAGGUGAAAGUAUACCUAUAUACUCGAAAGAGGGAAUAUACGCGAUAUGAACUCCACGUGGUGCUGGACGACGUAGAGGAGGUUGCUGCUGCGAGGACGCUCUGAUUCUCGGAUACUCUUUCUUUUUCUCUCUCUCUCUCUCUGCGUCGUUGCGAAUUAAUCCAAGGACGAUGAGGCUGCUCGUGGACCUCUUCUCCGCCUGGAUGCUGCUGCUGCUGUUGAUCCCGUCACUCCUGCUGGCGGCUGAUCCCUCGAGGACGACGACGACGGAAUGCCCGCAGAAGUGCGUGUGCUUAAUGUUGCAUGUGCAAUGCAUAUUCCAGAAGCUGAGCCAGAUGCCCCGGGUACCUGCCAACACCACCGUUCUGGACCUGCGCUUCAACAGCAUCACGGAGGUGCGACCGGGAACAUUUCGCGGUCUCGACAAGCUGCACACCCUACUGCUAAACGACAACCACAUCCGACGACUGGCCGCGGGCGCGUUCGAUGGCGCGCCGAAUCUACGGACACUCUACUUGUACAAAAAUCGGAUCGAGUACAUCGCGCCGGGCGCGUUCGCGCGGCUGCCGCGGCUCGAACAGCUGUAUCUACAUCACAACCACCUGCGGGAGAUACGUCCGGGCACGUUCAACGAUCUGCCCGCACUCGAACGGCUCUUCCUUUAUAGCAACAAGCUGCACCGGCUGCCGGCCGACGCGUUCAUCAACGUCGGCCCGAUGACGCGGCUUCGUCUCGACAGCAACGCCCUGAUCUGCGACUGCAACCUGGUCUGGCUGGUCGAACGCACCAGGGACAGACCCACGGAGAUGGCGGCGGUCUGUCAGUUUCCGCACAGGAUGAAGGGUCGCUCCCUGACGACGAUGUUACCCGAGGACUUUCAUUGCACAAAACCGCGCAUAAUAGAAGACCCGGAAGAUACCGCGGUGCAAUUCGGCGAGACGAUGACAUUGAAGUGUCGAGUAACAGGCGAUCCGACCCCGAAGAUCAAAUGGAUGAAGGACAAAUGGAGGUACUCGGAUGCGGAUGACGAUGACAGCGGGAAGUACGUGAUCCAUGAGGACGGCGAGAAGUACGUGAUCCGCGAAGACGGCACUCUGGUGGUCACCGAUAUGACCGAGCAGGACAGCGGGACGUACGAGUGCGUGGCCAGUAGCGAUAUGGGCUCGACCAAGUCGAGGAAGGCGAGAGCAGUGAUCACGGCGACGUCCCACCUGAUAUUCGCCGAGAGGCCGGAAUCGCAAAACGUCACCGUCGGCGCCAACGUGACCUUCUCAUGCCGAGCGCUCAGCAAGCCCAGACCCAACAUUAGCUGGCUUCGGGACAACCAAUCGAUCCCGUUCAGUGACCGAAUCUCGCUCACAAACGACAAUACCCUGCUGCGCAUCCUCGCGGUCAAAGAGAGCGACGCGGGCAGGUACCAGUGUCACCUCAGAAACGUCGACAGAACCUGGAUGGACCUCUUCGCAGAUCUGCGCGUCACUGACUUUACUGCACCCCGAUUGAUUUACAAGCCGCAGGACAUGGAAGCGGAACUGGAUGCCACGGUCGAGGUACCAUGCCGAGCCGAAGGCAGGCCGAAGCCGAUAAUACAGUGGAAGAAGGACGGCAGCGCAGUCGAUGGCAAUAGAAUUAAGGUCACUCGCGGCGGGAGUCUUCUCAUUUUCAACGUGAUCCCGCAAGACACCGGCAGAUACGAGUGUUCAGCCAUAAAUGAUUACGGCCGUGCAACUGCUGAUGCUCUGGUACGCGUUCGGCAAUUUGAUGCGACAGACACGCUCGUGAUACGAGCUUUCCAGAGCGCCACCGAGGAGAUCGAUCGCGCCAUCAAUAAGACGUUGACAUCCUUAUUCAAUCCUGACAACUCGUCCAGGCACGUCAAUCCGUACAGGCUAGCACGGUUCCCGAAUGCAAUCAGUCGCGCGGCUGCCAGACCUGCCGAGCUGUUCGAGAGGACCCUUGUCAACAUACGACGUAUGGUGAACGCCGGCGCCAAAGCGAACGUGACUACUGAGUUUCGUUACGAGGAGUUCCUGACGCACGAACAGGUCCAAAAAAUUGAACAAUUAUCUGGAUGCACUGGUCAUAGACAUCGGCAGAAUUGCACCAACAGGUGCUUCCAUCGCAAAUACCGCACCAUAGACGGCAGUUGCAACAAUCUGCGUCAUCCCACUUGGGGCUCGUCACACACGGGAUUCCGUCGAGUGUUGCAGCCCAUCUAUGAGAACGGUUUCUCGACGCCGAUCGGUUGGGAGAAGGAUCGACGAUAUUUCGGUUACGCGAAACCAGCCGCGCGUCUCAUAUCGACCACCCUGAUAUCUACUCAUGACAUCACGUCCGAUCAUCAGAUCACCCACAUGGUGAUGCAAUGGGGCCAGUUCCUGGACCACGAUCUCGACCACGCGUUGCCAUCAGUGUCGAGCGAGUCCUGGGACGGAAUCGACUGCAAGAAGUCAUGCGACAACGCCGCACCUUGCUUUCCGAUGGAGGUUCCACCAGGUGAUCCGCGGGUCAACAAUAGACGGUGUAUCGACUUUAUAAGAACCAGCGCCGUCUGCGGUUCAGGCGCGACCAGCGUCUUAUGGGGCGGCCUGACACCACGAGAGCAACUGAAUCAGCUAACCAGCUACCUAGACGCGUCGCAGGUCUACGGCUACAACGACGAAGUGGCGCGCGAUCUGCGUGAUCUCACGACGGAUCACGGAUUAUUGCGGGAGGGUCCCACGAUUCCCGGUCACAAGCCUCUGCUGCCGUACGCGGCCAAUCAGUUCGUCGACUGUCGCAGGAAUCCGCUGGAGAGCUCGAUAAACUGCUUCGUCGCCGGUGACAUUCGCGCAAACGAGCAAGUCGGCCUGCUAGCCAUGCACACCAUAUGGCUACGCGAGCACAACCGUCUCGCUCGCGCGUUACGCGAGAUGAAUCCGCACUGGAACGGCGAGAAGCUGUAUCAGGAAGCCAGACGUAUCGUCGGCGCUGAGAUGCAACACAUUACUUAUCAGCAUUGGUUACCCCGGGUAUUCGGUCCGACGAUCAACGACUUUGUGUCGUCUUAUCGCGGUUACGAUCCCAGUGUCGACGCCAGUAUAUCCAACGUCUUCGCCACCGCGGCUCUGCGCUUCGGUCACUCGCUCAUCCAGCCGCGUCUCGAGCGUCUGAAUGCCUCGUACCAAUCGAUUCCUCAGGGUCCUCUAGAUCUACGUGACGCCUUCUUCGCGCCAUGGAGACUGGUGGAUGAGGGUGGUAUCGAUCCCCUGAUCCGUGGUAUGUACGCCACCGCAGCGAAGCUGAAACUACCAGAACAGAAUCUCAACGUCGAGCUCACCGAACAGCUGUUUCGCAGCGCGCACGCGGUCGCGUUGGACCUAGCGGCGAUGAAUAUUCAACGGGGACGAGAUCACGGAAUACCCGGAUAUCUGGAAUGGCGCGAUUAUUGCAACAUGUCGCGCGCGGAGACGUUCGAGCAUCUGGCCGGCGAGAUUAGCAGCGGUCGGGUGCGACAAAAGCUGCGCGAAUUGUACGGCCAUCCGGGCAACAUAGACGUCUGGGUCGGCGGGAUUCUGGAGGAUCAGUUGCCAGGCGAGAAAGUCGGGCCGCUGUUCAAGUGUCUUCUGCUGGAGCAAUUCCAACGCACCCGGGACGGCGAUCGAUUCUGGUACCAGAAUCUCGGUGUCUUCCGCGCGGAGCAACUCGCGCAGAUCCAGCAAGUGUCGCUCGCCAGAAUCCUCUGCGACAACGGCGAUAACAUCACUCAAGUGCAACCAGAUGUGUUCCUGCUGCCCGAGGGUCGCAACAACUUCGUCAGCUGCGACGAGAUUCCCGACAUGGAUCUGAACGCGUGGUCCGACUGCUGUGACAACUGCGAGGACGGCGACAACACGAUUUCUCGCGUGCGCAGGGAAGCUGAGAAAUACCUCGCGCCUGAUCGCGACUAUGCAAGGAACGUGGAAUCGUUAAAUCCUAACGAAAAAGUGAAAUACUUGGAGAGUAUGCUGGAGAAAAGCGAUCGGGAUGCUAAGAGAUUGCGAGAGCAGGCUCACGACUUAUUGCAGACAGUAGGAAAACUUAGGUCAUUAUUAGAAGACGUUAAAACGCGAUAAUAGGUGAAUCGUGUUAAGCUGCCCGUGCUUGGAUCGUCUUCCUUCAGCUGCAAGUUGGCGCAACAUAUUUGGUAUGUUGUCCACGGGCAACGACAUCCUUACCGUCGUUCUUCGUCAGCUCCACCGCAAGAAACGCCAAGGUCUUACCAGCACGUAUAGUCUCAGCAUUGACGGUAACUACAUCACCAGGAAGCGCAGCCUUCAAAAACCUGUGCCAUCAAAUGUUCAUUUUACUGUAUAUUAUAAGCAUUUGUAUGUGUAUUUUGUAUUAAUGAAAAUGAUUAAGUUACAAUUAUCAUAUGUUUUUCAACUCUUCUAGGUUUCUCCCAAUACACAUCUCGUCUUAGAUUAUGUAUAUAUUUAUCAACAUGAAGAAUAAAGAUUCGAUUUAUCAAAAUA